CUGGGUGGUGACGAGGACGACAAAGAUAGCCUCGUGAGUAGCCACACACGUAUGCAUAGCUGACCUUCAACUGUUAAUACGCUAUUGAUUUAGAUACUAGCGCUUCAAAAGUGAUGGUGGUAGCUAUAAUGAUUGAAUAUUAGAGAUUGAGUGGGAUCAGUUUCGUGGCUCAUAUUAGUAUGAGGAGGAUACUGAGAGGAUAUAUCCAGAGGUCUGCGAUAUACAAUACAGUGGAUAAUCUAGUGGCUGAAUUAAACAUACCCGAAACUAACAAAUAAGCUAAAGUAUGCCGAGUUGCUAAUGUUGUUAAUUGGGAUAGAUGAUGAGCAGUAAUAACGUUAUGCUAGUGUUAUGCGAUUCCUUGCAGGCACAGGAUAAGUAGCGAAUGUAAGUACGGUAAGGCCAAGCUGUAGUUAAAAGAGGCAGUAAUUAAAUGUUCAGAGAGUCUUGUUCACUUCUAUCCUAUGAGGAAACGUGGAGCUCUGAUACUUGUCUUGACUCAAGUAGUACUGAGUGGUCAAAAAUUGUUGUAUACCUAGAAUUCAUACCUAAAACUAAAGUUUUAAUCUUUAGCAUUAAACAUGACUUAAUAUAUUCAAAGAAACUGGUAUACCUGAGGACUUUUAUGGAGAGUGAAACCUUGAUCGCUGGUCUUUGCCGUAAAAAGUAUGGGAAUAUACAGCUUAAAGAAAAUAUCGGAAUAUUAAUUGUUGGUCUUUACUAUGAAAACACUAGAAAAAUACACCUAAUAGUCAAAACCGUGACUGUUGACAUGAGCUGUGAAGAUUCUGGACAUAUAAAACAGGCUAUGUAUGCCUGUAGCCCUGGAUGGAAAUCGGAAGCCUAA